AUGUUUGAUAAUUUUUAUCAAAAUCAAAAACUACUUCGCGAUGAACCUGAAGUAACCGAUUUUUUAAAAGCAAAAUUAGGAGUUAAUUUUGAUGGCACCGAACGUGAAUUUAUUGGUUUUAUGGCAAGUUUUUUGAUGGAGUAUAAUGUAAUGUCCUUCGAUAUCAACCCGAUAGACCCUAAUCACGAUGCUAUAAAAAAAGUUCUAAGGCCAGAUUCCCUUUUUGAACCAGGAAUUCAAGAUUCUGUUCGCCAAUAUCUUGAAAUCGCAUCCGAAGGAAGUACUGCAAUAUUCUCUUCACUGGUCGUAUCAUACAGAGGCUUUCCUAGCAGAGCUAAUGUCUUGAUGAAAAUGAUUAAUACUUUCUCCGAUCCGAGUAAAUUUAAUCCGGAAGAUGCAACGGCAAGAGGUCGUGAAGAAGGGAUCGAAUGUUUGAAGAAAGUUUUAAAGACAAAGUAUGAUGCCAAAAAAAUAGAUGAAGCUCUUACUAUAAAUGGCGGG